UGAAACUGCGACGGAAAACCAGAAACAGAUUCCCUACUUCCUUCCUCCGCACAGAGACGAACAGCAGACUUCCAACUCGAUACCGUAAGUCACGCCAGUGCCAUCACACGGUACAAUGUCCGAAGACACACAGAAAGAGGCGCCUCUAUCAACACCUUCAAAGUCAAACGCGCAGAUCAACGACGGUAAGAAUACGUCCCAACAACAAGAAGGUGGCUCAACAGUGACGAUAUUCGAUGUGGCCACGGAGAUUGAGGAUAUGUUGAACGACAUAAACAAGCAGAUUGAAAAGAAUAGUGAAGAAGUGUCAAAGAUUGUGAAUAAAAUCAACGACAAGUUGGAUAAAGUUGAUCGUAAGAUACGAUCUCAGCAAUGACACUAAUCUGUAUAUAUCGACUGUUUUACGCUGCAUUGUACUGGUGUG